AUGGCUGCAGCCACGCUGUGCUCCCCCUUUGCUGUUCACAGCAGGCUUUGGAUUGUGCUAUUCCCAACUCCCUGUUCCCAUUUCUCCCUUUCUCUGCUUUUUUGUAUGCACAAGGAGGCAGUGUCCUACACUCUGAGGAUUGAGGGGAAGCCUUACACCAUCCACCUGCAGCAGCACGCCUUUCUAUCUGAUGAUUUCCAGACUUAUGUGGCCAGUGAGCAGGGAUCUUUGCACGCUGAUUCUGCCCACUCUGAGGGAGGCUGCCACUACUGGGGCUACAUCGAUGGCUUCCCCAGCUCAGCAGUGACCCUCAACACCUGCUCAGGGCUCAGGGGUUUGCUGCAGUUUGAGAACGUGAGCUACGGCAUCCAGCCCCUGGGCUACUCCCCUGCCUUCCAGCACGUGCUGUACCGAGUGGGUGAGGAGCAGAUGGCAGCAGCCCCCCCUGCCCAGAGCCCCCCUGAGGCAGGGCAGGGUGGGCUGGCAGCCUGGGGCAGGCUGGACAAGGCCCCUGAGGAUGAUGAUGAUGAGCCCCUCUCAGCCGCUGCACAAUCUCCCAAAUACCUCACAGUGUACGUGGUUUUGGACAAGGCUUUGUACAACUAUAUGGGAUCAGACCCAAAUGCUGCGACACAGAACGUAAUCCAGGCCUUCAACUUAAUCAACAAUAUGUUUAAUCCCCUUAAUGUCACCAUUGUGCUGUCCUCCCUGGAGCUGUGGGCAGAGGGGGAUAAAAUAUCAACAGCAGGGGACACAGAUGACAUUCUACAGCGAUUUUUACAGUGGAAACAGUUGUCUCUGGAGCCACAGGCACACAACAUUGCUUCUCUCUUAGGGUACAGGCACCAAGGAGCCCUCGUGGGUGCAGCAGCUCCAGGAAAGGCAUGUCAGAGAGACGCUGCUGCCACAGUGGCCCUGUACCAUGGGAAUGUGACCCUGGAGUCCUUCUCCGUGCUGCUGGCACAGGUGCUGGGCCACAGCCUGGGCAUGAGCCCCGACAGCCCCCGAGGCUGCAGCUGCCCUGGACGGGUCUGCACGAUGAGCCCUGAGGCGCUAUAUUUCAGUGGGUCAAAAGCCUUCAGCAACUGCAGCAUCAGGGACUUUGAGACCUUCCUGAAGCGGGGCAGAGGGGAUUGCCUUUUCAGCAGCCCCCGGCUGAGCCGCCAGUCCCGGCAGAGCGGCGCCGUGUGCGGCAAUGGCGUGGUGGAGCCCGGCGAGCAGUGUGACUGUGGCACAGCACAGGAAUGCCUGAAGGACAGGUGUUGCACUCCAAACUGUAGACUGAAGCCGAGAGCAAAAUGUGCCUCUGGAUUAUGUUGUAGAAAUUGUCAGUUCAAGUGGAGGAACACGCUGUGCCGCCCGGCCGCCGAUGCCCAGUGCGACCUGCCCGAGUUCUGCAGCGGCUCCUCGGCCUCCUGCCCGCCCGAUGUGUACGUGCAGGACGGGCAGGAGUGCUGGCGUGGCACCGGCUACUGCUACCACGGACGCUGCCAGUCCCCAGACCUGCAGUGCAGGAGGAUCUACGGGACAGACUCCAAGAACGCUCCCGUGAUGUGCUACGAGGAGAUUAACGGGCAGCGGGACAGGUUCGGGCACUGCGGGUUCCAGCCCAACCACAAGUACCGGCGCUGUGUGUGGAGGGACCUCAGGUGUGGGAAGUUAGUCUGCACAUACCCAUCCCACAAGCCCUUCUUAGCACCUGCCACUGCCGUGAUGUACGCCCGGGUGAAGCAUCAUAUCUGUGUGACUCUGAACUACCUGAACGUGUCCACAUGGCUGGAUCCCCUUCUGGUCACUCCAGGGACAAAGUGUGGCUCUGGAAGGGUGUGUAUGAACGGCACAUGCCACCCAGUGUCGGUGCUGGGACCGAUCUGUGACAGCAACAAAAAGUGCCACGGCCACGGGGUGUGCAACAACAAGGGCAACUGCCACUGCAACAUGGGCUGGCAGCCCCCCGACUGCCAGUGGAGGGGGUCCCGCCAGGGGGGCAGCAUGGACAGCGGGCUGCAGUUCACAGAGGGAGACCUGCAUCGAUCACUGGAUGAUGGUGACAUGGCCUGGCUGGUGCUGGGCUCCUGCCUCAUCCUGCUGUUGCUGACGGGGGCCCUGGGGCUCGGCCUGUGGCGGCAGCAGAUGCCCAGCCAGCGCCACGGGGAGCGGGCACUGGGCACCCAGGGACAGAGCUGCCAGCACCCUACAGCCCCUGGAUGGACAUUGCCCAUGAGCUGCCCCAGCUGA